AUGGCCUUUAGACCGCUGCUCCGGCAGCGCUUUGCUCCCGUCUGCGCCGCCGUUGCGGGCUCCGCCGCGCCUAUCACGCUGGCUAACCAGCCCACCCACGACUCCCUCACAGAUGCUGCGCUGAACCGGAAACCCAUCUACGAUGAUGUGCCGCUGGACACGACCGCGCCCGCUCCCACGCAGCCUGCGGCACCCUCUACACCAGCCUCAGACGCUCCCUACCGCCCUACACCUACCGACCGCCUCGCCGUACAAAUAGGGAAGGCGCGUCUCGCUCUCUACCAACAGUCCGCCCGCGCCGAGGACGGUGUCAACAAUGCUUUGACCGAAACCCUCCGUCUGGAGCACUCGUUUACCUCCACCAUUCGCUCCCCUGGCGCCACCGAAGGAGUCUGGCGAGAGAUGACACGUAAUCGCAAUAUCCUCCUGCGAGCUACCGUACCGGCCGCCAUUGGCAUCGGUGCUGCAUACGCCGUGCUGCCCAUCACAAUGAAGAACGUAGGCGACCUGGCAUGGAAGUAUGAGGAGAGGUAUCCGGUAUUGGCCGACGCCCACUUGCGGACUAAAGAGCGCCUUGCUCGCUUUUGGGAGACCGGAAAGGCACAUUCAGCCAUGUCCGUCGGCAUGAUCCAGGACAAGGUUGCCGAGACACGGUCGAACAUGGAGGAUUGGGUCAAGAAGGGGAGGUAA